CACGUAUCAAUGUCGUAUCGCCUCGCUCCAGGAAAGUAGAUCCAUCUCUGUCUCUCUACCUCCGUCGUUCCUCAGGCGAGCUCCGUCUUUGAUCUCCGAUCAGAAAUCUGUCUGCCUGGGGGGAAAGAAAUGAAUUUUCUGUUACGGUCUUCUAGUCACCAUGUGGCACCUGAAAAGGUUUCUGCUCACGAGCCUGCAGUGGACGCACAGUAUAUGGCGAGACCUACCAAGACUCUGGAGGGUCUUGUUACUGAAGAUCCGUUCCCCGAGUCUCCAGUGGCUAGAAAUCGACAAGGAGGGCCUGAUGAAGUUGGAGAUGAGAAUGGCAGUGACGUGGGUUCAGCGUCAAAGAAAGGCUCUUGUGUCGUUGAGGGGCAUUCGGAUGUAUCCGAAGAAGAAGGAUGGAUCACUAUUCCACACAAGGAACUUCCAGAUGAGUGGAAUUCUUCACCCAAUAUACAAUCACUGCGCUCCUUGGAUCGAUCAUUUGUCUUUCCUGGUGAACAAGUUCAUAUACUGGCAUGUUUGUCAGCAUCUGAUCAAGAUACAGAAACCAUCACUCCAUUCAAAGUCGCUGCUGUUAUGUGUAAAAAUGGCAUAGGACAAAGCCCUGAGAGACAGAAUGGAAACAUGAAUGACAGAAGUCAUGCGGAAGGAGAAACAAGUGCCGGUGAGCAAGUUACAAAAAGCGAGGAAGGCGAUGACUCGUCAGUACAGAAGAGUGAUCCAAAAGUCGAUGUGUCUGCUAGUGAAUCCAUUCUCAGAAUGGAGGAUCACAAAAGACAAACUGAAACAUUGUUGCAAAGAUUCAAGAACUCCCAUUUUUUUGUUAGGAUUGCGGAGUCAGAUGAGCCACUUUGGUCCAAGAAAGCUGGACAAAACCGUGAUUUAGCUGACAUUGAUGGUCAGAGCUCCAUUGGAAGUGGAACUGGAAAGGCCAAAACUCAUCUCAAUGCUCUCAUUGACAAAGGAAAUUUUGAUGCCAAUGUUGCGGGUGGAGCUGCCAGAAACAGUGUUAACUGUUGGUCUCUUUCAAAUGGAGAUAUAGUGGUACUUCUACAAGUUAAUGUUGGUACUCAUAUUCUGAGAGACCCGGUUAUUGAGAUUCUUCAGUUUGAGAAAUACCAGAUGAGAAAUCUGUGUCCAGAGAAGCCUGACGCACAGAAUUUCCCUAAUGCUGAUCCAUAUGGACAACUUUUAACGUGGUUGCUUCCUUUGGACAAUACUCUUCCUCCUCCUCCUCGUAACUUAUCCCCACCCCAAAGAGCUCCUAUUCCAGUUCUUGCUCCCACAUCUCAGAAGCCAGUGUCUUCUGGAUCACAGCUCUUCUCUCAUUUCAGAAGUUACUCCAUGUCAUCACUGCCCCAGAAUAGUAUUCCACCUCCUCAACCAGUUAAAGCCCAAAGUUCUAAACCAAACUUUGACAUUGAUGAGUGGGGAGAGUACUCAUCUCAGAAGUUGAGACAAAAUCGUCAAAAGGAUGGCGAUGGACUUCUCUCUUUCAGGGGCGUGUCAUUAGAGCGAGAAAGAUUUUCAGUACGGUGUGGUCUGGAAGGCAUGUACAUUCCAGGAAAAAGAUGGAGGAGAAAACUUGAAAUCAUUCAACCUGUAGAGAUCCAUUCCUUCGCUGCAGACUGUAAUACAGAUGACUUGCUUUGUGUUCAGAUAAAGAACAUUUCUCCAGCACACUUGCCGGAUAUAGUGGUGUAUAUAGAUGCUAUAACGAUGGUUUUCAACGAGGCUUCCAAGGAUGGCAUGCCUUUGUCGUUGCCAAUAGCAUGCAUUGAAGCUGGAGAUGAUCACUGUUUACCAAAUCUUGCCCUCAGGAGAGGUGAGGAGCAUGCUUUCAUCCUCAAACCAGCAUCAUCAAUGUGGAAAAACCCCAAGGGUCUGGGUGAAAAAACUUCAUUUUCAGCAAAUACACGCCCUUCUCAUACUUCUACUGAACGGAGAAGUAGUUAUUCAGACACUGACAUAUAUGCUAUUAUGGUAUCUUGUCGCUGCAACUAUACUGAGUCAAGACUGUUUUUCAAGCAGCCAACUAAUUGGCGGCCACGUAUCUCUAGGGAUCUUUUGAUCUCUGUUGCACCUGAACUGUCACACCGGUCUUCUACCAAUGACAGAGUUUCCCAUCUUCCGGUUCAGGUCCUAACCCUCAGAGCCUCCAAUUUGACAGCAGAAGAUCUAACUCUAACAGUUCUUGCUCCAGCCUCGUUCACUGCUCCUCCUUCAGUUGGGUCGUUGAAUUUACCAUCAACUCCCAUGGGUGCAGCAGUUGGUUCUAUGAGAAAACAUGGUAAUAAGGUUGGGAGCAAAACGCACAGCAGGGUGGCUUCUGCACCUCCUGCGCUAGAGCAGCUGAAUGAGGGAGGAGAGCUAUCUGGUUCCCAGUCUUCGGCCAUACCUGAUGUCAUUUCAAGUACUGGUUUCGGUUGCACUCAUCUCUGGCUGCAGAGUAGAGUUCCAUUAGGGUGCGUCCCUGCAAAUUCAACAGCCACAAUCAAGCUUGAGCUACUUCCCCUGACCGAUGGUAUAAUCACACUCGAUACCUUACAAAUAGAUGUCAAGGAAAAAGGUCUAACAUACAUUCCUGAGUACUCCCUCAAGAUCAAUGCUACGUCCAGUAUUUCUACUGGCAUUGUUUAGGCAUUUUGGUUCAGUGUGUAAUAUAUGCUUGUCCCAAACUUGAUCCUUCCCUUUCGAAGGAACAUGGACCGUUGCUUGGGCUUUCCGUAGAGCGACACAAAGCAAGGAGAGAGAGAGAUGGCAACAACUUCAGAUUUCUUCAUCCAUCUCCACUGCACAGGAAGAUCUAUGUUAUUUUGGUUGGUUGGUUGUGUAUCAUAAAUCAGGCGUUUCCAGGAAGAGAUUUUCUUUCUCGUAUACGACGUUACAGGGGAAGUAAAAAGAAAAAAAAAAAAAAAAAAACAGCGGCGAAGUUCAUACUGUAGAUGAUUCAAUUGUGUGAUUGUACUAAUUGGCUAAUUGGAUACCCCCUUCUGAAAUGAGUAGCGCAGAGCAUCCUACCAAGUUUUGCUCAAAAAAGAACUACGAGACUAAUGAAUUUUGAUAGCGAUUUCAGUGU